GGUCACAACAGACGGACGUUGUGUUAAUUGUGUUUAGAGAUUUGAAACUGUGAUACAGAUUGGAUAAAAUUAUGUUAGAAAUUGAAAAACACUGUAAACACAAACUCUCACAGUCAGGACUUUGAUACAUGAAGAACAUGAAUUCAUCCUUAAUGACCGUCACAUCCAUCUUUUUUCUGUGAUCAUCUUUCCAUACUAUUUAAAAUGAUCAUUUGUUAACAUAAUUUAUUAUAUUUUUAUAUUAGUUUUCCCUCUCACUCACACACACACAAACAUAGUAAAACUCAAAUCAAACAUGGGGAUUUGUGCUUUUGUUUUUUGUUUCUUUUUUAAUAAUGAAGUCUCUGUUGAUCUGAUCUGAGAAAGUGAAGAGUAUGUCAUUGUUCUCUACAGGUUGUGGGAUUGUGGUGUCACAGAUGAAGGUUGUGCUGCUCUGGCUUCAGCUCUGAGAUCAAACCCCUCACACCUGAGACUACUGAAUCUGACUAGGAAUAAACUAGGAGACUCGGGAGUGAAGAUAAUUUCUGCUGUACUGGAGAAUCCUCACUGUAAACUGGAGGAACUGAGGUUGAUGUAUUGUGGUGUCACAGAUGAAGGUUGUGCUGCUCUGGCUUCAGCUCUGAGAUCAAACCCCUCACACCUGAGAGAACUGCAUCUGUCUGGGAAUAAACUAGGAGACUCGGGAGUGAAGCUGUUUUCUGCUGUACUGGAGAAUCCUCACUGUAAACUGGAGUAUCUGAGGUUGAUGUAUUGUGGUGUCACAGAUGAAGGUUGUGCUGCUCUGGUUUCAGCUCUGAAAUCAAACCCCUCACACCUGAGAGAACUGAUUCUGUCUGGGAAUAAACUAGGAGACUCUGGAGUGAAGAUGAUUUCUGCUGUACUGGAGAAUCCUCUCUGUAAACUGGAGGAUCUGUGGCUGUGGGAUUGUGGUGUCACAAAUGAAGGUUGUGCUGCUCUGGCUUCAGCUCUGAGAUCAAACCCCUCACACCUGAGACAACUGGAUCUGUCUGAAAAUUAUCUAGGAGACUCGGGAGUGAAGCUGCUCUCUGAUCUGGAGAAUGACCCACAUUAUAAACUGGAGAUACGGCUGACAUGACAGUCUGAUCUCCUCAUGAUCAUCUGAUGGUGAAUAAGGAUCCACUACAGAGACUCACAGUCAACAGAAUCAACAGACUGAAGAUACAGUGACUUCACUGUUAUAAAUUAAGAUUCAUUUAGAUUUCAACGAUCCUCUGACAGACCUGAUGAGGUGGCAGUGAAAGAGCAAAGAAAACGGCUCCACUUCCCGACAGCUUCCUUUACUUUAGACCUGCAAACGCUUGAGGAAAAUCAGACUAACAAAGAUACUGUAUCCUCUUCCACUUGGUCACCGAUCAGGAGCGACGAGUGAUCAUGGGAGUCACCUGGUCCCAAAUGAUCCGCGUCUGUCGAGCACAGAGAGAGGGAGGAUCCAUCAUCAAAGUCCAUCAAUAAUAAAAUACUGGAAUUCAAUAAACGCUCCAUGUUAGUUUGACAGGUGGAGAUCAGUCACUAGUGUAGUGAUGAGUCUGGACUGGAGCGAUAGAUAUAGAAGAGUGAAUGUAAAUCUGUGAAAGAAACUGUAUGAGCAACAGAUUAAAGAGAGACCAGAGAAAGACAAUUAAGUUGUAAACAUGAGAGAAAACAGACUCCUUUAAGUCUUGAAAUAAUUUGAUCGGUUUAUAUACAUUUUCAUACAUGUCAAACGAUAUAAAAGCAGAUGUUAUGUUUAUGAUGAAACAAAAUGAAGACAAAAUCUUGUGAAACAGACUGAGAUUGAAUUCAUCUUAAAAUUCUCCGAUUUGAACCAUGUGCAGUGAGACAAAUAUAUUGUCAUGAAUGUGGCUCCCACGGUUCAUCCUCCGGACCGCUGGAGGGAGCCAUCGCCUGAAUAUUGACUCACUACAAUUCGGACUCCAACUCCCAUAGGCCCUCAUUCCUGGGACUGAUUACGCUCGCACCUGCACUGCAUCACACACACACUAUUUAAGACACACAUACACUCACACCCAUCGCGAAGUCUUGAUUUGCUGUUGUGAUCAUUUCUGAGCGUUAUUCUGUGGACUGCUAUUCUGUUAUUUAGUGAUGGCGAAAUGACGCUUUGUGAAGCUUUCCCCUCAAGUGUAUCGUAAAAAGGUUCGUUACUCGAAGCUUUUCAACACGGUGCACACUAACGACAUCUUGUGGUCAAAAGGUGGAAAAACUGCCUUUGCGUCCCAGACGACGCAGCUAUUUUUGGAGUUUCAUGUAAUAAAUCAGUUUGCGCUAUGAAAAGCGUAUAAAACAAUGUAAAUUAUUAUUAUUAUACAUAAAAAAGUCUUUCACGUGUCAUUUCACUUACACAAUUUGAAUAAAUGAGUCUGAAUAAAAUUUGGGGGGAGAAAUAGGCAAGCUUUGGCAUAUAUUAUCAAAAUAAAUGAUUGUCAUAGAAUAAAGUAUGAACUGGGAAUAAAUACAAACUGAACUGCAAAAGGAUCCACUCUCCACUGACCCUUCAUUACACAUAUAUAUAUAUAUAUAUAUAUAUGUAACGGGAUAAAUAUCAUAGUUCAAGGGUUCUUUAAAUAAAUCCUGCUGUAAUGUGUUCACGCUUCCUAUUGGUUGCGCUGGUGGCGCUAU